AUGGGCUUGUCGGACGACGGCAAAGAACGCAAGAUGCUGGGAAGCAUAAUGACGUGCACCAUCGUGGACGACCAGGAAGAGCUGCGAGCCGAGCGUGAGGCCCAGAAAGUGUUGGAAGCAAAAGCACACGAGAUGGAGCUGCGGAUGCAGAGACGCAACCAGCUGAUGCUUCGCAUCCUCAUGAUACCCGUGCGAGCGGUUACCUACAUAGGAUCUUGCUUCUUGGCAUCACCUAUGGCGCGGCAGCUUUGGCUUUACGCCACGCUGGUGGUUUGUCUCUUCGAGCUAUGGAGUUGCGCGCUGUUCUGGGCCUUCGCACGCGAUCCCAGCAAGCUCUAUGUGUUGGAGUUCCUUCUCCAUCUGGACCACUGGGCCAACGUGCCAUGA